UUACUCGCCUUUAAUAAACCAAGAAAAUAGUACCAAUUAUCAAGAAUCAAACAAACACUUACAGUCAACAACAAUGGAGAAAUCGAAGAUUGGGAGAAGAUUUGAAGGCAAAGUCGCCAUUGUUACAGCUUCAACUCAAGGCAUAGGUUUCAGUAUCGCUCAACGACUCGCCCUUGAAGGUGCUUCUGUUGUCAUCUCUUCUCGCAAACAGAAAAAUGUUGAUGAGGCAGUGAAAAAGCUUAAAGCACAAGGAAUUGAAGCGUUGGGAUUGGUAUGCCAUGUUUCUAAUGCACAACAAAGAAAAUAUCUCAUUGAACGGACGGUUCAGAAAUAUGGUAAAAUAGACGUAAUAGUGUCGAAUGCCGCUGUGAAUCCGUCAGUUGAUGCCAUUCUCGACUCCCACGAAUCGACCCUUGACAAGCUUUGGGAAGUCAAUGUCAAAACUUCUAUAUUACUUCUUCAGGAUGCAUCCCCUCACUUAACUAAAGGUUCGUCCAUCGUAUUCAUUUCUUCUAUCGCUGCUUACCAACCUCCGUCUUCCAUGUCUAUGUAUGGCGUCACUAAGACCGCUCUUCUUGGCCUUACCAAGGCACUCGCGACUGAGAUGGCUCCACAUACUCGUGUGAACUGCGUUGCACCAGGGACCAUACCUACACGCUUUGCAAGGUUCAUAACCGAUAACGAUAUUAUUAGAAACACGAUUGAAGAAAAGACGCCGCUCAAGAGGCUUGGGACGGCGGAAGAUAUGGCGGCAGCCACUGCUUUCUUGGCCUCUGAUGAAGCUUCAUAUAUCACCGGUGAGACGAUUGUGGUUGCCGGAGGAAUGUCUUCCAGAUUGUAGAUAAUAAACCCUCAAAACAUAUAAGAUGCAAAUGGAAUCUCUAUGAUCGAAUUAUUGAAUAUUUUGAACAUUUGAUUAAUGGUCAAUGUUUGGUCAACGA